GUUCGUCAUGUGACCACGGAGCCGUCAUGUCAGUGGUCAGUUUCAGUUUUCGCAGUGUCACAGGCUGAACAGAUUAUACUCUGAUAACUUUCCCUUUCUACGCCUAAACGGCUCUGCAGACAGGGGGUGACACGGCUUUCAGGUCUGCUUCGGAACCGUGUUCAUUACGGGUCAGCUGUGUAUUGGACCGUGACGCGGCUCGCCGGCAGGCCUCGCUGUUCACCGAGUGAGCAUCAGCGCUCACGCCGCUGUUGGGUGGGUCCGGCUCGGCUAGAGCGGCGGCAUGGAGCCGGUGCGUCUCUAGCUGAGUUCUGGUUCUGGGAGAUGAGAAGAAGCGUUUUAACCGAACUGUUCCCGCUCCUGGAGUUCGGUUGUCAGAAUGAACGGCACUCAGCAGAGUGAUGUGAAGAGACAGCAUCUCCUAGAAAGGCUGCUGGAUGCUGUCAAACAGUGCCAAAUCCGCUUUGGAGGAAGAAAGGAGAUUGCCACAGACUCAGACAGCAGGGUGAUCUGCCUGUGUGCCCAGUUUGAAGCUGUGCUGCAGCACGGCCUGAGGAAGAGCAAAGGUCUGGCCCUCACAGCUGCUGCUCUGAAGCAGGCUGCAGGCUUCAGCAGCAAGACAGAAGCAGAGCUGAACUUUUGGCUUUAUGUGAAGGAGCACCUGAACCGCCAUGAGCUCCAGCGCUUCUACUCCCUGUGGCACAUCUCGUCGGAGUUGGGCCGGGGUCGCGCCUGGCUGCGCUGCGCCCUGAAUGAGCAUUCGCUGGAGCGCUACCUGCACACGCUGCUGGCUGAUCACCCACGUCUGGGAACUUACUAUGAAGACUGGGCUUUUCUUCUUGACGAAGAGAGAGCAAGUAUGCUCCCCACUAUGGCUGCAGGUUUGAACUCCAUCCUGUUUGCCAUCAACAUUGACAACAGCGACCUGAAUGGCGCGGUGACGCGAGGAGGCUCGACUGUGUCCAGCCUCCUCAAGGAGUCCACUCAGGGCAUCGGCAGCCUCUUGAAGGAGUCCACCCAGGGAGUUAGCACCCUGCUACGAGAGAUCAGCACUGCCACGGCUGUGGUGCCUGGCUUCACCCCAAAGGUGGACGGAGCUUCGGACCCGCUGCCCGUCCUGCCUCGCAGCACCUCUGCUGACUCGGGGCUGAGGAAGGAACGACGGAGGAAAAAGAAGAUCACCACCAUCAUCUCCUUCGACGAUGACCUGGAUGGAGGGGCGGAGGAUGGAGAGGAAGAUCCGCAGAAAGUGAAGGCGACAAGGAGGAGUCGUGCCGCUCCGGCUCAGAGCAGCAUGGAGGAAGGGAUGGACCCCUUGGAGCCGACCUUCUCUGAGUCUCCGGCCCGGAACGGUGUCCCAGAUCCGAGUAUAGUCGGCUGGGUGGGGUCGCCCCACCCCCACCCCUGCCGCACGGCGCCUCCUGCUGAAUCUCCUCUGCUGGGCAGUAAGAGCAUAGACAAUGAGGAGGAGGAGGAGGAAGAGGAGGAGAUGUACAAACCCCGAAUCCAAAUCGAGGAGGAGGAGAGGAUCCCCUAUGAUCAGCUGGUGGUGGGCAGUCUGUCCAGCGUGUCCACCUGUAGUCCUGUCCAGGUCAUCACUCACCAGACCAGCGCCGACAUCCUGAUUCCCAUCAAUCCUGCAGACCCUCAGCCAGUGAGCUCUGUGGAGGACGCGGCAGUGUUUCCUGUUCAUUGUGACUCGACAGGAUUAGCGGAGAACUGCGAGAGCAGCAGGUCGCAGCACGCCUUCAGCAUGGAGUCCAGUCCACCAGUCCAGUCUGGUCCGCUCUCCAGUGGGCUGCCAACAUCGGCUCUACCAGAGUCCAUGACAGUGGUGGAGCUCCGUCAAGCCAUUGUAGCCAUGAUGAACAGGAAGGAUGAUCUAGAAGAACAAAACACGUCUCUUCGCAGUCUGUUAGAUGGGGAGAUGGAGCACUCAGCAGGCCUGAGGCAGGAAACUGAUUUGCUGAAGAAGAAGUUUGCAGAGCUGGAGGAGAGACACGGGGCUAAGGUCCAAGCCUUGGCCAGGGAGAAUGAAGUCCUGAAGGUCCAGUUGAAGAAGUAUGUGGGCGCUGUGCAGAUGCUGAAGAGAGAAGCCAGCCAGGGCAGCGACGUGUUGUCCAUGUCGCGCUCAAAUGAAGAGCAGGCUCCUUCGCUGCAGAACAAGUUCAUCGGGGACGUUGAGGAGCUCGCCGCCAGCUAUGAACGGAAACUCAUUGAGGUGGCCGAGAUGCACGGUGAGUUAAUAGAGUUUAACGAGCGCCUGUACCGCUCCCUCAUGGCCAAAGACCACCUUAUUGUCCAGAUGAGACAGGAACUCAUUGACCUCAGAGGACCGGUUCCAGGUGAUUUAAGCCAGACUUCCGAUGAUCCCAGUCUGUCGGAUUUUGAGACGGCUCAUCGUGCUCUCAUCAACGUGUGGAUCCCCUCCGUGUUCCUGCAGGGCAGAGCUGCGAACACCUACCACGUCUAUCAGGUGUACAUCCGCAUCCUGGACAACGAGUGGAACGUGUACAGACGUUACACCGAGUUCAGAGAGCUUCACAACCAGCUGAGAACCCAGUUUCCACAAGUGGACACCUUCACCUUUCCACCCAAGAAAGCUAUUGGGAACAAGGAUGCCAAGUUUGUGGAGGAACGGAGGAAGCAGCUGCAGGGCUACCUCCGCAUGGUGAUGAACAAACUGAUCCAGGCGCUGCCAGAGUUCACAGCCCGCCCCACCAAAGAGACCCUGCUGUCUCUAUUGCCUUUCUGUCUGGACACCCCCCAAGCCAAUGAAGGUGGAUCCAAGACUCCCCGAUCCAGAACUUCAUCUCGCUUCCCCAGACUGGGCCGCAGCCGCACACAGGAAACCAGACAAGAACCACAGAGCGGUGACCUUUGAGCCUUUAAGUUAAAAUAAACAUGGACCACGGUGUUUGUGUCUAUGGAUUGAGACACAAUGAGGAUGUUCAGGGACGUUUACCUCAAAGGAGAUGGAGAGGAAUGAGGUCACACUCUGGAGAUUUAUUUAAAGCUUGUCGUGUCGGCCCGUCAGACAGGAGAUAAAUGACUCCAGAUACAGCCGCCUGUCGAUGGACCCAACAUCCAGAACUUGUUGCCUCGCUUAGAGACCAGAAGGCUCUUUAUGAAGUCCAGCUGGAGAGAGCUGGACCAUUCUCCAUCAUAUCAACCAGACAAUGGGACUUCUUACUCUGCUCAGAGGUUGAUGUUCACAGUGCCUAUGAUGAUUUGUAGCUUCCUUCCUGAGCUCAGACGGGGUUUGGUGCUGAUUCAGCAGUUUUAGUGCCAUUACUACACAGACAACAAUGACUUACAAUCACUGGACCAUUAUGCUGCUGGCAUUCCUUCUCCCUGCCUUUAUUAUCUUAUUGUUGCUUUUAUAAAUGUAUAGAAACUGUAACGGAGCGUAAGGUCGCUGCGCUGAGGUCACCGACAGAAAUUACUUUAUUUUUUACAAUAACAGACAAAGUUUCUGGGAUUAACCAACAUCCUCAACGCAGCAGUUCUACCCUUUUGUCUCUGGGCGUCAUCUUUUUUACAUUUUGUAACAUUACAACCACAAAAUCUCAGUGUGUUUGAUUAAAUAUUUAUAUUGUAGAAACAAACCUUUGCUGCUGUUACAGUGAAGGUCUUUUUUACAUAACAGCUCGGGCUCAGAUUGGAUGGAGAACAUCUGUGAACAUCAGCUUUCAAGUCUCACCACAGAUUUCAGCUGGGUGUCAAGUCUGGACUUUGACUAGGCCACUCCAACCCAUGAAUCUGCUUUGAUGUAAACCAUCAUUGUAUUUCUGGCAGUGUGUUCAGGAUGGUUCUCCUGCUGGAAGGAGAACCUCCACCUCAGUCUCCAGUCUUCGGAUCAUCUAACAGGUUUUCUUGCAGGAUGAUCCUGGAUUUAGUUCCAUUCAUCUUUCAUCAACUCUGACCAGCUUCCCUGUUCCUGAUGAAGAAAAGCAUCCCACAGCAUGAUGCUGCCACUGCCGUGUUUUGCGUCCAGGGUUACUUGUAGACUAAAUAUUUUAUUUUUGGUCUCAUUUAAUCAGAUCAGUUCUUACCAUGUUAGCUGUGUCUCCUAUAUGAUCCGUGGCAAACAGCAAAUGGUACUUAGUAUGACUUUCCUUAUGCUGCCACCACUAAUAGUCAGCAGAUGCUCCCACCUGAGCAGUGGAUCUUUGCAGCUCCUCCAGAGUUACCAGGAGCCUUUUGGCUCAAUCUCUGAUUAAUGCUCUCCUUGCCUAGUUUAGGUUGACCUCCAUGUCUUGGUAGGUCUGCAGGUGGUCCAUCCUUUCUCCAUGUUCAGAUGAUGGAUUGAACAGACCUCUGGGAGAUGUUUACAGCUUAUUGUUGUAGAACCUAACCCAGCUUUAAAGUUCUCCACAACUUUCGUCUUGAUCUUUCUGCAGUGUUCCUCGGCCUUCUUGGUGAUCUUUGUUCUCUGAUGUUUCUUUCCAUUUUCUCUUGGUCUGUCACAUAAACUCAUUGAAGCUUGUGGUUGUAACGUGACAAUAUGUGAGACGUUCAGAUGGUGUGAAUACUUUUCUAAGGCAUCUGCAAUGUUGAAAGCUGAUAGAAUUAGCAAGCAGAGCUUCAUCAACUUAAAUCUGUGGUCCAGCAUCAGCUGACGAAUCAAAAUGUGUUAAAAACAGGAACAUCAUGCGGUCAAAAACAACCAAGUGACCACUGUAACGUCCUUCUAUGUAACAGAGACCUAAACGCCGUCAUGAGAUCAAAAAUCUAUCUAAUUUGAUACUUUCAGCCACAGAUUAGGCCUUCCUGUGGUUUGGAUAUUGACUUAAUGACAUCGUUUUAUGCUGCAGAUCACCUUCUGUAUGAACAUUAAAGCAAGAAAAGAAACAAAAA